ACAAAUGGGCUUUAAACGCCCAGUCUUUCCUGAUUAGCAAUGGGCCUUUCUCUUCAAGUUUGGAGAAAGAAGAAGAAGAAGAAGGAAGCAUCACCACCCUCCUUCCUUCUGCCGGUUGUUUCUCCGUCUUGCCACACAGAAACGGCGUCGUCUACCAUCGUCAAUGGUGGAAGACGAAGUGCUUUACGAGACACGUCUUCAUGUCUCCAGACCUUACACUCCUAAUUACCCUCCUCUUCAACACUCCAACAAGGUAAACCGGGUCGGUUUUUGGUCGAUAAUCAAAGAUAAAUGGAGUGAUUACAGAAAUUACAAUGCUAAUUAUUCAAGAUUAGCGACAAGAAUUAAGAGGAAUUUGUCGCUGUUUAUAUCUCCGAGAGGUGAAUAUGUUGCUGUUGCAAGUGCAAAUCAAAUUACGAUUUUUUCCAAAGAGAAUGAUUAUCAGCAACCUCACGGCAUUUUCACCUGUAGCAGUGGUGGUGUGUUUACGUGCGGAGUUUGGUCGGAAACUCAUGGUGUUUUAGGAGUUGUUGAUGAUAGUGAUACGGUUUAUUUUAUCAAAGUGAAUGGGGAAGAGAUUACGAGAAUUAGUAGACGGCAGUUAAAAGUGAGUUCGUCGAUAGCAGGGUUGAUUCCGCAGGAUGAUGAUGAUAAGGAUGCGCAGCGGCGGUCUUGUUUGUGUAGUUUUGUUAUUAUCACAGCAGAUGGAUGUCUUCGUCAAAUUGAGAUUGGUACAGAGCUAAGUGCUUCUGUUUCAAAUAGCGAGGUGAAGUUGCCGGGGAAGUUUCCUAAGGAUGUUUUCUGCUUUGACUAUAGUUCGGAAUGUUUGUUGCUUGUUGCUGUUGGUAGUGCAGUUGGCCUCUCGGAAUUAACUGGUGGAAAUUCUGCUGGAUCUUGCACUCUUUCUCUUUGGUGGAGAAGUCAAAACUUUGAUUUGGAACCAUUGUCUUCUAUUCAGUUUGAAGGCUUAUACUCCAAAUCAAGAGAUGCCAUACUAGCAUGUCCAAAGGUGCUAAUUUCACCACUUGGCAAGUUUGUCGCCACUUUAGAUAUAUCAGGAUGCUUGCACAUAUUCAAGAUGGAUAAAGAAAGCCGUUCACUUUUGAUAUUUUCUGGUGAAGAGAAAUUAGGUUCACAAGGAACCAGUAACUUAACAAACGGACAGAAUGAGGUUUUAAGUGAUGUUGUGGAUUUUACUUGGUGGUCUGACCACAUCAUGACUAUUGCAAAUCAUGGCGGCACUGUGAUCAUGCUUGAUAUUGUUACUGGCUUAAAGUUUCAAGAGGACGACCAUCUAUAUUCAAUUAUUGUUUUGGAUAGAAUACAGCAGUUUCAAGGACACAUAUUUGUUUUAGAUAGCAAAAUCCCAUCUAAUCAUAGCAGAGAAUCAGGUGAUGCACACAAUGUAGAGCAGAUCAUGGGAGGCAGAAGUGAUCAAUUUGAUGUUUCCCAGUUGCGCUGGAGUCUGAUCUCACUUUCAAAGAUAUCUGUUCCUGAAAUGUACAAUAUCUUAAUUAGUAGUCUUAAAUAUCAAGCUGCCUUGAACUUUGCCAAUCAUCAUAGUUUGGACAGAGAUGAAGUUUUGAAAUCUCAGUGGUUGCACUCUGGCCAAGGAAAAGAUGAUAUAAAUAUGUUUUUGUCCAAAAUAAAGGAUCACAGUUUUGUCAUUUCUGAAUGUGUUGAUAAGGUUGGACCAACAGAAGAUGCUGUAAAAGCUUUACUUUCAUAUGGGCUGCAUGUAACUGAUCAAUUCUGUUUUUCAGAGUCAAAAUCUGAUAAAGGGAGCCAGAUCUGGGAUUUUCGUAAUGCUAGACUUCAGCUGUUGCAAUUCAGGGACAGGCUAGAGACCUAUAUGGGGAUAAACAUGGGCAGGCUAAAUACCUUGGUGCAUAUGCAUGCUACACUAGUUCCUACAGAUGUUGUGGAUAAAAAGACAUCCAACUAUUCUUUCUUAGAUAUUGAAGCUGUUUCUAUAAGCUACAAGCAGAAAAAUCUCAUGCAAAUUUCUCGAUUAAGUUCCAAUUUCAUAUUUUUGUUUAAUUUGGAUAAUUCUUUGUGCAGGUUUUCUGUACAGGAAUAUAGCAAAUUCCGUGUUAUACUUGUCAGUGAAGCUGCCAUAGCACUUGCUGAAAGUGGGAAAAUCGGUGCCCUAAACCUCCUCUUCAAGCGUCAUCCGUAUUCGCUAUCUCCUUCAAUGUUGAAAAUAUUAAGUGCUAUUCCUGAAACUGUUCCUGUUCAAACCUGGCAGCUUCUUCCUGGGAGAUCUCCUCCCCCAAGAAUUGCUCUUAGGGAAGAAGAUUGGAUAGAAUGUGAGGAGAUGGUAAACUUUAUCAAUAGGCCACCUGAGAAUCAUGAGAUUGGCAUCCAGAUCCGAACUGAGCCCAUUGUCAAACUGUGCCUUGGUUAUCUUUGGCCGUCAUCUAGUGAACUUUCUGAGUGGUACAGGUGUAGAGCUAGAGAUAUUGAUAGCUGCAGUGGCCAGCUUGACAACUGUCUCUUCUUGAUUGAUUUUGCUUGCCGCAAAGGCAUCUCUGAGUUACAGAAGUUUCAUGAAGAUAUUCUAUACUUGCACCAGCUCAUUUAUUCAGAUGAAAAUGAUGCUGACACAUGUUCCAAUAUGAGCCUUAUCUCCUGGGAACAAUUAUCUGAUUAUGAAAAAUUCAGAAUGAUGCUUAAGGGAGUGAAAGAGGAAAAUGUGGUAAAAAAACUGCAUGAUAGGGCAGUUCCAUUUAUGCAAAAUAGGUUUCACAACAUCCCUGUUACUAAAGAUCAGGAUAUAGAUGGGCAUUUUCCCUCAGUUCACAUGGGCGAUUCAUUUCUGGUUAAAUGGCUGAAGGAAAUUGCUUCGGAGAAUAAACUGGACAUAUGCUUGAUGGUUAUUGAGGAAGGAUGCAGGGAAUUGCAUGUUAAUGGUUUCUUCAAGGACGAGAUUGAAGCUGUAGAUUGUGCAUUGCAGUGCAUUUAUUUGUGCACUGUUACAGAUAGAUGGAGUAUAAUGGCUGCCUUAUUGACAAAGCUCCCACAGAAGCAAGAUGUUGGAAUAUCUAUUGAGGGCCUUGAGAAACGACUAAAACUUGCUGAAGGUCAUAUUGAAGCAGGGAGGCUUUUGGCAUUGUAUCAGGUUCCAAAGCCAGUGAAGUUUUUCCUGGAAGCUCAUGCAGAUGAAAAAGGUGUAAAACAGAUUCUUCGUCUUAUACUCUCAAAAUUUGUUCGGAGACAGCCAGGUCGAUCAGAUAAUGAUUGGGCAAACAUGUGGCGUGAUGUGCAAUGCUUGCGAGAGAAGGUUUUUCCUUUCCUCAACCCAGAGUAUAUGCUUGUGGAAUUCUGCAGAGGAAUGCUGAAAGCUGGGAAAUUUUCUCUUGCAAGAAAUUAUCUGAAAGGUACAAGUUCCGUAGCCUUAGCAUCAGAGAAAGCAGAAAAUCUUGUUAUUCAAGCAGCACGGGAGUACUUCUUCUCAGCUUCAAGUCUCUCUUGCUCUGAAAUCUGGAAGGCCAAGGAAUGCCUUAAUUUAUUUCCAAAUAGCAGAAAUGUUCAGACAGAGGCUGAUUUAAUUGAUGCUCUCACUGUUAAACUUCCCUACCUUGGAGUGACUCUACUACCCAUGCAGUUCAGGCAAAUAAAGGAUCCUAUGGAGAUCAUCAAAAUGGCAAUCACUAGCCAAGCUGGAGCUUAUCUACAUGUUGAUGAACUCAUUGAGGUUGCCAAACUUCUUGGGUUGAACUCUUCAGAUGAUAUAUGUACUGUUCAGGAAGCUAUUGCUAGAGAAGCUGCAGUGGCAGGUGAUCUGCAAUUGGCAUUUGAUCUCUGCCUUGUUCUUGCCAAAAAAGGGUAUGGUCCUGUUUGGGAUCUAUGUGCUGCAAUAGCAAGGGGUCCUGCCCUUGAAAAUAUUGAUAUAGGCUCUCGAAAACAGCUGCUAGGUUUUGCUUUGAGUCAUUGUGAUGAGGAAUCUAUUGGCGAGUUGCUUCAUGCGUGGAAAGAUCUUGAUAUGCAAGGCCAGUGUGAGAAUUUGUCUAUCUUGACUGGGACAAGUCCGUCCAGCUUCUCAGAUCAAGGUUCCUCCAUUACAUCACUCCCAGCUCAUGGAAUAGAAGAAAUAGUUGACCUCAAAGAUUUCUCUGAACUGGUUGGAGGAGCAGGCAGUGGAGAUCAAGAAGUUUGUUUCAGUAACAUUAAAAAUACACUUUCUUUUGUUACUAAAAACUGGCAUGUGGAUAGUGGAACUGAUCUGGAAUCUUUUUUGCGGGAAAAUGGAAAACUUCUAUCUUUUGCGACUAUUCAACUCCCAUGGUUGCUUGAAUUGAGUAAGAAAGCAGAAAAUGGUAAGAAAAUUUCCAACUUUAUCCCUGGAAAGCAUUAUGUCAGCAUAAGAACAGAAGCUGGGGUAACUAUCCUGUCCUGGCUGGCAAGAAAUGGUUUUGCUCCCAGAGAUGAUGUUAUUGCUCUGGCAAAAUCAAUCAUAGAACCACCUGCUACUGAAGAGGAAGACAUCACAGGGUGCUCUUUCUUAUUGAAUCUCGUGGAUGCCUUCAUAGCAAUAAUAGAAGAGCAGCUAAAGAUGCGGGAGAAUUACCAAGAAAUUUGCAGCAUCAUGAAUGUGGGAAUGACAUACAGUUUAUUACAUAACUCUGGAGUUGAGUGCAAGGGUCCGGCUCAGAGGAGAGAGCUACUGCUGAGGAAGUUUAAAGAGAAGCACAAAGUACCUAGUUCAGAUGAAAUGACCAAAAUCGCUGUAGAACAGUCCACGUUUUGGAGGGAAUGGAAGUUUAAAUUGGAAGAAAAAAAACGUGUAGCUGAACAAUCUAGAGUGUUGGAGAAAAUCAUUCCUGGAGUUGAAACUGGGCGUUUUCUGUCUGGUGACCUUGACUACAUCAAGAGUGCUAUUUUCUCCUUGAUUGAAUCAGUAAAGUUGGAAAAGAAGCACAUUAUAAGGGACAUGUUAAAAUUGGUCGAUGCCUAUGGAUUAAAUCACACUGAGGUGCUACAAUGGUAUCUAAGUUAUUUUCUUGUUUCUGAGGUUUGGACUGAUGAUGAUAUUAAGGCUGAAAUUUCAGAGGUCAAGGAAGAAAUAGUUGGCUGUGGUUCUGAAACCAUCAAAACUAUCUCCUUGGUUGUAUACCCCACAAUUGAUGGGUGCAACAAGAUAUGCCUUGCAUGUAUAUAUGGCCUCCUCUCUGAUUGCUACUUGCGGCUGGAAGAAACCAAAGAAUCAUUGUCAACAGCUCAUCCAAAUUCAUCAAAUUUGUCUGCUCUUGAAUUAGCUCAUUUGUACAAGGUGUUUGAACAAGAAUGUCAAAGGGUUUCCUUUAUUAAUAACCUAAACUUUAAGAAUGUUGCUGGAUUAGAUGGUUUAAAUUUGCAGUCUUUCCGAAAGGAAGUCUUUUCACGUGUUGAUGAAUUUAGCGUGGAAGCCUUGGCAAAAAUGGUACAAGCAUUGGUCAGUAUCUACACUGAUUCAGUACCGGAAGGUGUCAUACUGUGGCCAGAUGUCUACAAACAUUAUGUGAUGAGUUUAUUGAUGAAUUUGGUAAAUAGACUUAGAACAGAGUUUGAUGUCAGAAAUGCUGAAAAGUUUCAGGACUUUAUGAGUUGACUGGAUUAAACCUAUGAUUUUUGUAGAACAUAUAUCAGGCUUUUGGCACUUUCAGAUUCUUUAGAUAUUAUGAAGCAAUACAUCACAGUGAUUAUACCACUGCAUGAUUCUCAUGAGAGUAUACCAGAUGACUCAAAAUGGCAGGAUUGCCUCAUCAUCCUAUUGAACUUUUGGCUUAAAUUGAGCGAAGAAAUGCAGGAAAUGUUGUUAAAUGACAGGUCAGUUGGAAAAUUCAGGUUUGAUCCAGAGUUCUUAUCUAGUGGUCUGAAGGUUUUUAUGAGGAUGGUGAUGAAGGACCGUGUUUCACCAAGUCAGGUCUGGGGCACCUUAAUUGGUUAUGCAAGCUGUGGUUUAAUUGGUGAUUUUUCUGUUGAGAUACCAAUUUUCUGUAGAUCUAUGUUAUAUGCUGGUUGCGGGUUUGGAGCCAUUUCAGAAGUAUUCUUGGAAGCAAUGACGAAGUGUGCCAUCAGUUCAGCUCCAACUGCUGACAAUGAAUCCCUGGAUCUUCCUCAUCUCUAUAUAAAUAUGUUGGAGCCGAUUCUAAGAGAUUUGGUUGGUGGAUCCCAUGAACACCAGAAUUUGUAUCAAUUUUUAUCAUCUCUGAGUAAGUUGGAAGGUCAAAUAGAGGAUUUGCAAAGAGUCAGGCAUGCAGUUUGGGAAAGAAUGGCUCAAUUCUCUAAUAAUUUGGAGCUCCCUAGCCAUGUUCGAGUAUAUGUUCUAGAGAUUAUGCAGUUCAUAACAGGUAGAAACAUUAAGGGCUUCCCUACAGAGCUAGAAUCUAAUCUAUUAUCAUGGGAAGGAUGGGAUGGGUUGCUCUCUACCAGUAAAAAGAGUGAGACUUCUGCAAAUCAGGGGUUGCCUGAUCAUGUAGAUACUUCUAGCGGGUUUACAAGUACACUGGUUGCCCUCAAAUCAUCUCAGCUUGCAUCCUCCAUAUCCCCUAGGAUAGAAAUUACCCCUGAUGAUCUCGUGAAUAUUGAGACUGCAGUCUCUUGCUUCUUGAAGUUGUGUGCAUCUUCCUGUACAGAACCUCAUUUUGAUGCAUUGAUAGGCAUUUUAGAAGAGUGGGAAGGUUUUUUUGUAAUGGAAAAAGAUGAAGUAGAUACCACAGAAGCAACAGAAGCAGAAAAUUGCUGGAGUAAUGAUGGUUGGGAUGGAGGAUGGGAAAGCUUUCAGGAUGAAGAAGCUCCUGAGAAAGAGAAGACAGAGAAUUCUAAUCAUUUUCAUCCUUUACAUGUUUGUUGGAUGGAAAUUUUCAAAAAGCUCAUCGGGUUGUCCCAGUUUAAGGAUGUGUCAAGGCUGAUUGAUCGAUCACUUUCAAAAUCUUAUGGAAUAUUGCUUGAUGAAGGUGAUGCUAGGAGCUUGAGCCAGGCUGUACUUGAGAAGGAUACUUUUUUGGCUCUAAAAAUGGUGCUUCUUCUGCCUUAUGAGGCGAUACAGUUGCGGUGUUUGGAUGUAGUUGAAGACAAGCUGAAACAAGGAGGGAUUUCGGACUCGGCUGGCAGGGACCAUGAGUUCUUAAUGCUCGUGUUAUCUUCUGGGGUUAUCUCAACUAUAAUCGCCAAAACCUCUUACAGCACUACUUUCUCUUAUCUCUGCUAUUUGGUUGGGAAUUUCUCACGCCAGAGUCAGGAAGCUCAGUCAUUAACAAUCAUGAACAAGGGAACAAAUGAACAUGUAAACACAGAGAAAGACGUGUUAUUAUUUUUCAGAAGAAUCAUGUUCCCCUGCUUCAUUUCAGAGCUUGUGAAGGGUGAUCAGCAGAUCCUAGCAGGAUUUCUCAUUACCAAAUUUAUGCACACAAAUCCUUCUCUCAUUCUCAUUAACAUCACAGAGGCUAGUCUUAGUAGGUACUUGGAGAGGCAGCUCCAUGCACUGCAGCAAGCUGACUUUUCUGCUGAGGAGAUAAUUUCCUGCGAAAUGUUCAAGAAUACGGUCUCCAGAUUGACUAUCAAGUUGCAAGAUCUGAUCCAGUCUGCAUUGCCAUUGAUUUCUAGCAAUGUUAGAUGAUAGGCUUGUUAGAAGAUUUUCAUGUCAGAAUAGCAGUUGUAUAAACUAUCUUAUGAACUCUUCAUUUUUGCCCCUGAAGGGGGGUAGAGAGGGUUUGAUUUUAGAAACCCAUCUAGAUCACAACACACGUGUGUGCAUUGUUCCUUCCCCGGUUUUGUAAAAGAAGAUAGCGUUAGCCUGGUUCUUCGGUCCACUGGCCUUUCCCAGUAAGAUUUUUCAAUUUUGCAACCUGGAAUCGCUUGAACUUUUUUAUUGUGUUUCAACUUUAGGAUAUUUUUGAACCUGUUUUUUCACAUCAAUCUCUCUCUUUUCUGAUUAGUUCUUAAUUAGGUUAUUUAGUUCUUAAGGAGAUAUAUAAAGACCCAAAUUGGAUUGGUGUAUUGAUGAGAAUUUUAGAUAGACUAUUAUUUGUCUAAGCAAAUGUAACAACCACUAAAUGUAUUGGAAAGCCUACUGCCAUAACAUUCAUUUAUAGUCUUUUUGUUUGAAAUGUUUCCAUGGCCUUUUCCUUCAACUGUGUUUAUUGUGUUGAGUUUCUUCUCUUGGGCAGUAUGGGAGAGCUGGAAAUUUAUCUGGUUUGCAAGUGUAAUAAUCUAUUUUGUUUGUGAUAAAGGACAAUCUACCAAUCCUCCCAGGUGAUGCUUAUGCCAUCAACAAUGCCUUGUCUGCUGAGGGUGCACCUGAUGAUUAUGAAACCUGUCUCAAACUUUUAGUUCAUACUGGCGUGGUAGAUAAAUCUUCAUUGAGUGGAUUCCCAAAGUUUGAUCGGAUGCUUAGCGGCACGGUCUGGAUGGGCAUGUAGCUUCUCUUUUCCCUAGACAUCCACUCCUCAAGGAAAAUCAGGAAUGGGUUACAUCAGUCUCUCCAAAACCACCUCCAGAGAGAAUCACCUUCACUUUCCCUGCGAUCAGUUCUUCUGAACAUAUUGCACUUGUGUGUGGCGCUGGUAAAGCUGUGGUGGUGGGAUCAGCAGUGGGAAGUAGUCAGAAUUCUGAUGCAAAUGCUUCAAAGCUGCAGGAUUGCAUGUCUUAUAUAGCUGAUGAUUUCAUCCCGUCCAAGUAUAUACUACAUAGAGCUAGCAGCAUGUUUAUCUUCUCCUGUGUGGUUGAUGAUCAACAAUGGACGUGCCUUCAGAAUACAGAGAUUUUCGCCUCCCAAGUCCUCAACCUUCCUGCCUGUGAUGUUCUCAGGGGCGAUAAUAUCCUGUCAGCUUUUCCAAAGUUUACACACCCCCCCACCCCCACCCACUCCAUUUUCUGUCAUAAAUUUCUAAUGAUUGUUUUAGCUUAAUUGUUGUUUGAUAAUUACCACCACCCUAAAUAUAAAAAUACGUAGCUUUUGAUAAAUACUUUUUAUCAAAAUAAUAAUAUUUUUUAAAUUCAU